ACUCGUAACUCCUAUCCCGUUGUUUCGAUGCGCCACCAACAUCAUGAAGAAUUUAUAUACUUCCACCUCUUCUUCACGCUAAUAUGAAUCUUCAUUACUUCCUAUUUUCAGACAGAGAGAGAAAAACAAAUUAUUGGUGAUGUCAAAGUAAAACAGAAGCAAAUUUAAAUUACAACUGACACGUGACUUAUUUUAUCUGAUAUAAUUGAAUAAUUAGUGUUAAUAAAAAUGGAUAAAGACUUGCACAAGGCUAUUGUAAAUUAUUAUUUAACAUUUGAAAAGUUAAAUUGUUAUUUUAACAAUGAAAUUUCUAAGGUUAUAACUGGGCCAUUGACUUCGCUUAAAAAUCAAAUGGAACAACUUCACCACGUGUCCAGCUCUAGUGUCGAUAAUGCGGAGAUCUGUCAGUUUGAAAGAGCCCGGGAAAACUUAAUUUUCAAAAUAAGUGUAGGAAUUGAAGAUGAAAUUAAACUUAUCGCUGAUGUUAUAAAUAUUUUAAAUAAUUACUACCAGGAAUUGAAAGAUAGAUUUAUUCGCUUGGAACAAGUUCGCAAAAAAAUAAAUAUAAAUGAUGAAGCGAUGAUCAAUCUUGUUAAUGGUAGCCCUGAAAGACCUCGACUUGAUGAAUUAAUGGAAUGGUCAUUUGAAAGUUUUGAAUACUACAAAAAUUUAUACAAUGAAAUAAAAAAUAAUUAUAAAUUCCUGGAUAUAACUGAUGAGAAAAGUAUUGAAGAAUUAAUAAAUUCCUUUAACAAAACGAGCAAUGUUAGAAUUAAAAAAAUUUCAGCAUUUACGCAGUUUUUAAAUUAUAAAGUGCGUUAAAAUUUUUUAAAAUUUAAAUGCGUUGAAAUAUUUUAUGUACGUUUUGUAAAAUAAUUUUUAUAAUAAAAGUAAU